GCGUCUUAACCCGUAAUGGUCUAUUGAGUGUGGGACGCAUUGUCGUUGUCAGUUGAUAACCAACUCCUUGUAAAAACGUCAACCACGACAAUGGCGCAGACUACACUGGAUGAAUGGGCGAGGGAUCCUCUGGUCGAUCCGGAGGUUCGCGCACAUAUCUACAGUCUCGUCUCUGCUCUCGGUGGAAUUGGCGACGAUGGCACAUAUGCACUCGGAGAUGAUGCUAUGGUGUGUUUGAAGGACUUGAGGAAGUGGCUCAAACUUGUGGAUGCAAAACAUAACAGGCGAGAUGUGGCACGAUCCAUGGCAGAGGCAAAUCUGGUGAAGGGUGACUUACUGGAGAUCCUGGCGAAAAUAUCAGAACGGGUUCACGAUACAUUGAAACAUAAACUUGCGGUUGCAUGCUUGGAAAUCCUCGUACCCCUCACCUGGCCCUUCGAAAUAGAUCCUCUCGAGGCUACCGCACAUCAAUACCGUCAUGGUCCGUACCUCGAACUGGCUCAGAUUGGCUACAAGCGUGCUAUAUUACACUUCGAUCGCGCCCGAAUACUACAGACCGCCGUACGCAUUGCUCUCCCCUCCAUGGCUGUUCCUCUGCGUGAGCGGUCCCAACGAGACGAAGGAGUAAUUCGAAUUGCCCUUUAUUUCAUACGUAACAUUGCAAUGCUUGCUCCACCGAAGAGUGUGCCCAUGGACAUAGACGAAGCGGAAGUCUCGAGAUCAGCCACCAUAGAUACAUUCCAGGAGCAGGAUAUCUUCCAGGUCAUAUUGAGUGUCGCAUCUUCUAUCGGGGAGGAUUUUGUGAACCAGGACGUCGUCCUUCUUGAGAUCCUCUUUUUUCUGCUCAAAGGUGUAGAUGCCGAGAAGCUAUUCAUGGAAGAAAAGAAAUUGAAUUCAAGCAACACAUCCGAACUAAAAGAUCUGAUAUCGAAGGAGAAGGCGAUGCUGGCUAGCUACGCGCGGACUGCUCCCACCAGGCACAACCGGUUUGGGACUAUGAUAUGGAUCAAGCGUGAUGACGAGAAGGUAUCGACGCUUUCGGGGCAGGAUGUUCUAGGCAAAGCACAAAAGAGCAUGGAAAAGAUGGAUACAACGAAGAAGUGGAACAAACCAAAAGGUGGAAGGCGCAAGAAAGAUGAAAACGACGAAAGGGAGGAGUUCGAUCUUCCCAUUGGAUUGACUUCAUCGGCGCGCAAAAGCUUGAAGGCUUUUGUCGAGGAAUUUCUUGACUCCUCCUUUAAUCCGCUGUUCCUACAUAUCAGACAAGCCAUGGAGCGUGAAACCGAACGAGUCGAGAUACGACACUCACGACAAUACUUCUAUCUAGUAUCUUGGUUUCUCAAGGCAGAAUGUGCACGACGACGGACGAUCAAAGAGCGGGCAGCCGAUCCAAAAAGCGCGGAAGUCUUGACAGCCGAGGACGAAAGCUACGGAUUGGUGGCGGAGGUCAUGAACCAGAAGACAUUCGUUCUGUUGAAUAGAUUCACGCACAAGAGUCAGAGCGAGAAAGCAUGGCAGGACCUGAAUGCGGGCAUGAAGUGCUUCACACAAAUCUUAUUGACUGUACAAGAGAUGUCCGAAGCCGGAUUGGAGGAAGAUCAGGAGAUUGCAGAAAACAUUCUGAAUCGUAUCUUCUACGAAGAGUCAACCCACGAUCUAGUCGUUCAGAUCCUUCGAUCAUAUAAGGACCAAGGUUUCGGCUAUUUGGAUGCCUGCACAGAGCUAUCGCAUGUCUUCUUACGUAUGCUUGAGCGAUACGCAAAGCAGAAUGUCGACUUGCAAGUUCGAUCUCGAAAGCGCGCGCGAAAAAUUAAGAAAAAGAAUGAUCAGGCACAAGGUGUAGAAGGUGAAGAGGGACACGUAUCGGAAACAGAGGAUAUCGCGGAAGCUCAGCGAACGAGCACAGAACGGAAAUUCGACUUUGCUCGCUUUUCAGCCAAAUUCGUGAAUCAGAGCAGCGUGAACACCUUUGUUGCUUUCACCAAGUUCUUCAGGGAGCUCAACCACGAGCAGUUGAAGCGUGCGCAUCGUUUCUUCUACAGAGCAGCCUUCAAGAUGGAGAUAGGCGUUUUGCUGUACCGGGUUGACAUUCUUCAUCUUUUCAAUAAGAUGAUCAAGGGCCCAGAAGGUCUGGAUCCCGCGUCGCCAUCGUACAAGGAGUGGGAAGAGUUCAUAAGGCAUUUCUUCCGAUCCGUGGUCAAGCGCGUACAGGACCGACCAGAACUCAUCGUCGAAAUGCUGUUCAGCAAAAUACCAGCCACAAUAUAUUUCUUAGAGCAUGGACACGACAAGGAGUUGCCGACACGGACCCCACGUGCACCUGCAGAACUUGAAGUCAAGCCUGGCAUGGAAAAGUCGGAUGAGAUUGGUGUUGCUGUCAGUGUGCUAGUGAACCAACAGAAGGUGGAUUCUGUGCAGUGGGUGCGAGAUGUUCUUUCUUCCGCGGUCGAGGAGCGAAAGGGUUGGGAAGAGAUGGAAGCGGCACGUAAAGAAACCGAAGCAGCUCAACGAGCAGAAAGCGACGUACUUCCAGAUGCCGGAGAGGAGGAAGAGGCACCUAAACCUCCCGUUAUCUGGGUCAAAGCCGACAACGAAGAGCGCCGUAUAGCAAUGUUCAAGGACAACAAGCUUCGGUUGCUCCUGAAGCUCGUGGGAUUUACCAGGCUAGGGGAGCAGAGCGACCCAGACGCCGCUUGGCUCAUUCCUGCGUCACUUAGUGCUGCAGACCUUCAGAGCUCCAUCGAUCUGAUCCGCAAGUUCGAAUUCGACCCCCCAACCUACGAAGACGGAAAGUCUGCUGAGGACUUUCUUCGAAGCAAGGCUGCCGCAGCGCGUCAAUCCAGUAGACGUAAGGCGGAUUUCGACGAUGACUCUGACGGCAUCGAUCACGAUUCAGAAGAGGAUCGCGGAGAGUACGCGCUCGAUGCUCCAACAGCUGGAACGUCAACUAGAAAGAAGAAAAAGCUAACACGACGCCGACGAGAGCGAACUCCCGUGGAGCUUGACGAUGAAGAGAAAGCAGCACGUGCUGAUGCUCGACGAAAGAAGGAGAUUGAGAAAUUGCGGAAAGUCAAGAGUACCAUGUUUGUGCAUGAUUCUGACGACGAAACCGAUGAUGAGCGGGAUCGAGAAUUUUUUGAGCGGGAAAAGGCCAUUCGCGAAGGUACCUUGGCAAAGUUCAAAGAGUCGGUGGCGAUUGCUGGUGAUGAAUCCGAAACGUCGAGGAAGCGAAAAAUGAACGGCCAACCAAAAGGAGAGAGCAAGAGACGGAAAUCGCCACCAAAAAGAAGAUCCAGGCCAUUCGACACGGAUGAUAGUAGCGAUGGGGAAGAUGAGGUUGUGAAUGUGAGCAGUGGGGCAUCUUCGGAUGAAAAUGAGGUCGACCUGCAGACCGAUAACGCAGAAGAAGAGGAGGAGGCUAUGGAUACCCCGUUAUCAUCUCACGAUGCUAGCAGCGGAGAUCGUCUCGGUGAGGCUCGCGGCAGCCCUUCGGCGACCAAAAGUCAAGGUGCGAUUGUGGUAGAUGCGGAAGAAGACGAGGAGGAUGACAUACCCGUAGCCCGCAGACCAGCAGCACGGCAAACGAGAGGUGGAUUUGUUAUUGAUAGUGACUCGGAGUAGGCAUAUGCUUGGGAUAACAGCUGUACAGCAUUUUCAAGCUUUACUGACGCAUUGGGUGGUGUUACGAACUCCAUGGUUACGGCGUUGCAU